CGCGCCGAACUGCGCAGGUGCAGGCCGUCAAAAAUCAAAACGCAUUCCUUCGAUAGUCGUUUUUGACGAAAAUGAAAACGUGUCACUUUCCCGAGAUUGGAGUAAUACCAUGUUAAAAUACUUAAAACAUUGUUUCGUAUCUAGCUUGUGCCUUUUAGAUAAAAACAAAGGAAGAACGUUUCGCUUCUCUUAACACCAAACCACGGCCUGCUUCGCAAGUGUUCCCGGAAGUCUUGCGAUGUUGCGCCUCUGGGUUUAAAAACUCUGGCGAGAUCUCGCCACCAUUUUGUGAAGCCACUCAAGCCUGCGAGAGUUGUGGUGGGAAUAUUUGUAUUUUGUUGCUAGUGAGCUAGCAAAACUUGGUGUGAACUGUUAACGACUGACCAAACAUAGGUUGCUAUUUUUUUGUAUAUAUAUAUAUAUUUUUUACAAUAGCAAUUAGCUAAAUUAGCGUUAAAAGUGGUCUCCUAACUUUUAAAACACGAAAGUUAGUUAUCAGUCUACGGAUGUCUGGAGAUAAUAUGUCGGGCGGCGGGAGCGUGGUUCGUGGCCCAGCGGGAAACAACGACUGUCGGAUCUACGUGGGUAACCUGCCGCCUGAUAUUCGCACUAAAGACGUGGAGGAUGUGUUUUAUAAGUACGGGGCGAUCCGAGAUAUCGAUCUGAAGAACCGGAGAGGAGGACCUCCGUUCGCUUUUGUGGAAUUCGAGGACCCCAGGGAUGCUGAUGAUGCGGUGCAUGGUCGUGAUGGUUAUGACUAUGAUGGUUACCGUCUCCGGGUGGAGUUCCCCCGUAGUGGGCGUGGGGGAGGGAGAGGGGGUGGUGGUGGCGGCGGCGGAAGGGGUGGUGGCGGCGGCGAUGGAGGAGCCCCAAGAGGUCGAUACGGACCUCCCUCACGUCGCUCAGAGUACAGAGUCAUCGUCUCAGGUCUCCCCUCUAGUGGUAGCUGGCAGGACCUAAAGGACCACAUGCGCGAGGCAGGUGAUGUAUGUUACGCUGACGUGUUCCGAGACGGUACCGGCGUGGUGGAGUUCGUACGCAAGGAGGACAUGACCUACGCUGUCCGCAAGCUGGACAACACCAAGUUCCGCUCCCACGAGGGAGAGACUGCGUAUGUGCGUGUGAAGGUGGACGGACCUCGCAGCCCCAGUUACGGACGCUCCCGCUCUCGUAGCCGUAGCAACGGGCGUAGCAACGGGCGUAGCAACAGCCGCUCGCGCAGCUUCUCACCGCCGCGACGCAGCCGUCCCUCGCCGCGCUACUCGCCACGACACUCCCGAUCACGCUCCCGCAGCUAGACACAAACCACAUACACACACCUCCAGCCCAGCGGCCCCCGGGGAGAGGAUACAUCAGACCAGGAGACGAACAGACGCCGCCCGGUGGACAUUCUAAUGAAUUACACCUAAUGUUCUCUUGCCUCGGCUACCUCUUGUUCUUUCAUCCCCGUUUCCUGGUCUAGUUUGCCUCAGCUGUGGUUUUGGCUUUAUGACCUCUGUUCCCUUUGUAUCUGCUGACCCCUCAUCUUCCCCUGCUCUCUCCCCCCACCCCAUCUGUGUAAAGGGCUUCAAUUGUUCUGUUUCUGUUAGUUUUGACUGGGGGGGGGGGGGGGUUUAAUUUUGUGUUUAUGUGGGGAGGGAUGGUAUUUUCUUUGGCCUGUUGUGGUGUCUGAUGUUGUUGUGCUGACCUCUGACCUGUCUGUCGUGUCUCUCUGUAGAGAUCACAGGAGCAAGCUGAUAGGCUGCUGGGAAACAGGAAACUGUUCAUAUUAGGAUUAACAGGAGGAGCAGGAGGAGUCAAAUAACCAGCCAAUGGUAUGACGGCAGUAGUCUCUCAUCCAAUCAGCUGUCAGACCUGAUGUUUUAGUGACCAGUAAUAUUAUUGAACUGGUUUUAACUUUCUACUCUUAACUCUCUCAUAUUAGAGUGCUUUGCCACCUCUCCUUCCCUCAAUCCCAUCCUCCCCUGGUUUUCUAUUCACGGUUUCUGGUCAGAGUAGCAUGCAUGGCAGUGUGUGUCUGUGGAGGUAGGGUGUCUGUGGAGGUAGGGUGUCUGUGGAGGUAGGGUGUCUGUGGAGGUAGGGUGUCUGUGGAGGUAGGGUAGUGCAGUGUGGAGGUAGGGUAGUGCAGUGUGGAGGUAGGGUAGUGCAGUGUGGAGGUAGGGUAGUGCAGUGUGGAGGUAGGGUAGUGCAGUGUGGAGGUAGGGUAGUGCAGUGUGGAGGUAGGGUGUCUGUGGAGGUAGGGUAGUGCAGUGCGUCGGUAGGGUAGUGGGUCUGUGGUGGCAGUAUCCAUAGGAUAGUGUGUGUGUCUGGCAUUGUUAUUAGUGGUUGGUUAGUCUUGGUUCAGAGAACUUUAGUUCUAAUGUUGAGGUGAGUUUUCUGUAAAUGUCUUCUCUUAAACACAGCUUUCAGAGCCAGCAGGUUGUGAUGGCUGAUUGGCUGUAGCUAGACUUGGGCGGUAUACCGUAUUUUACUAUACCCAGAUAUUGAUGCAGGGACCGGUUUGGGUUUUUACUUGACCUUCUAUAACGAUAUUUGAACGUUUGGUUUGUUAAAUGUGAUACGCUGUGUGUAACGUCCGUUUUUAUAGUUGACUUGGCUACUUGGGUCAUCUCUCGCCAUGCCACUUUCUAGCCCCGCCCCCCUGUCACUCAAGGAGCAUAAUUGUUGUUGCUUGACCAGGAGACGCUUGUGUUCAGUCUGCAUGGUCAAUGCUGACCACUACCAUGUUGGCUAACCAGGAGACACUUGUGUCCUGUCUGUAUGGUCAAUGCUGACCACUACCAUGUUGUCUAACCAGGAGACACUUGUGUCCUGUCUGCAUGGUCAAUGCUGACCACUACCAUGUUGUCUAACCAGGAGACACUUGUGUCCUGUCUGCAUGGUCAAUGCUGACCACUACCAUGUUGGCUAACCAGGAGACACUUGCGUUCAGUUUGCAUGGUCAAUGCUGACCACUACCAUUUUGGCUAACCAGGAGACACUUGUGUUCAGUCUGCAUGGUCAAUGCUGACCACUACCAUUUUGGCUAACCAGGAGACACUUGCGUUCAGUCUGCAUGGUCAAUGCUGACCACUACCAUGUUGGCUAACCAGGAGACACUUGCGUUCAGUCUGUAUGGUCAAUGCUGACCACUACCAUGUUGUCUAACCAGGAGACACUUGCGUUCAGUCUGUAUGGUCAAUGCUGACCACUACCAUGUUGUCUAACCAGGAGACACUUGUGUUCAGUCUGUAUGGUCAAUGCUGACCACUACCAUUUUGGCUAACCAGGAGACACUUGCGUUCAGUUUGCAUGUUCAAUGCUGACCACUACCAUGUUGUCUAACCAGGAGACACUUGUGUUCAGUCUGUAUGGUCAAUGCUGACCACUACCAUGUUGUCUAACCAGGAGACACUUGCGUUCAGUUUGCAUGGUCAAUGUAACACAUGCAACAAUGUUGAUGACAACAAUGCUGUUUUCACUUGGCUUCCUAAUAUAAAUCAACUAGCGUUCUAUAAUUACACUAUUAGUGUGUUUCUUACAUCUGCAAAUGUGUAUUUUCAUAGCAAGUUGGGCCUUAAUCUUGUUAGCCGCUAAUGCUAACUGCUAGCUCGCUAAUAAAUGUACCGAGUCAGAGCAAAUGUAACUAGCUAUACAGCCUGAUAAUACCAGUGAUGGUGUAGAACUAAAUCGGCAUGUUGGUACAACAGUAUUUUCGAAAUCAGAGGAACAUGUGAAUGUCAGUUACGUGAAGUAACUAAAGAGAACCUUCAAUGUAGCCAAAGAUUAGAGUCCCAUAGGAAACACUGACCAUCACUUUGGUUCCUACCCUGUCACAAUAACUCCUCCUGGCAUUUUCAUGUCAAACAACACAGUAUUCAAAGUGCCCACUAUUAUAUUCUUACUUUAGAAUUAACCCUGCCUAAUCAUUAUUUCCUUUUAUUUCAACAGUUCACCCAAGUGUUUUGCUCUAAAUCGCAAGUCCAAUUGCAACAUUUGGUUAAAAAUAAGGCCUAGUUUUUGGUUAGUUUUUUUGCCCAUAUUGUGCAGCCAGUCUUACGUGGCAGUGUGGAAAUGAUCUCAAAUGAGUGCAGGAAACGCAGAAAUUAAUAAAUGUUUUUGGUUGAAUUGAACAGUAUAAAACAGAGGAGAAAGACCCAUUUGAAAUCACAUAUGUAUUAGGUUGGUAACAAUAUGCAUAAAGAAAAUUAAGGACUUUUAUUAAAAAACAUAAAAUACUGGCAUACCAUUUUUUUAUUUAUUGUUUUUACACCGUGAUAUCAUAUUUUGGCCAUAUCGCCAAGCCCUAACUAUAGCAGGUUGUGAUAGUGUGGCUGAUUGGCUGUAGCAGGCUGUGAGUGAUUCUAACCUGUUGCUCCUUCCUUCUCUCUGUUGGGUGCGGGAUCUGUCUCAAGGAGGGCUGUGAUUGGAGGAGGGCUCUGUCUCCCCGUCCUGGAGCCAAUCAGACCUUCAGGAUCAGAGCAGGGAUUAGGAUUAAGGAUGGAGAGAGAACGCGGAGUGGGACAGGAGCAUAGGAUCGGGACCAGCCCCCAGGCCACAGCCCAGCCCACUGGAACCUAGAUACUAGACCUAAGUCACUGAAAUGGCUCUCAAACACCCAAAAUUAGUUUAUUUUCCCCCCCGUGUGGACUCCACAGCGUCCUAGGAUCCUGACCAGCGUUCUUUUAUUAUUUAAGUGGAGCUCAACGCAAAACCAGGAGUCUGGCUCAGGAUGGAGGGAGGCGCACAUAAGGAGAUUGGUAACUAGAAGGGAAUUAUAAUCUGGGGGGGUUAAAUGUGUUUGUUCAUUAAAGGGAUGGAGGGUAAUGUGUAUUGUUUGGAGGGAGGGUGUGUUUUUUUAUUUUUAAGGUUUGCAUUGUUUCCUCAGUAGAUUUUAUGAUUCGUUUGUUUCCCUAGUUGGUAACUUUUCAUGUUUCAGCACCUCUUCAAUAAAGUGUCUUCUACAGUA